ACGGCUCUCUAGAACUGGAUCUUCUGGUUCAGCGUACGUCCCUCCCUCCCUCCUCCCUCCCUGGGACGCGCUGGGGGAUCCGAUGACAUCACUGGCUGUGCUCUCCCCUCGCUCUCUCUACCCUUGUAACUUCUGUUCUGGGAAGUGGUGCCAGGAAUAACCCAGGCUGACUGCAGAUCAGAGGCUGCUAUCAUUCUGAAGGGGAGGGGGGACAAACACCGCCUAACUGCGGCUGCUUGGGCCUGUCGUUUCUUUAGGUUCAUAUUUAUUUAUUUUUAAAUCGAGCUUACGACGAGAGAAGGAAAAAGAAAAGGAGAAAAAACGAAAGAGCUAAGCAAGAGGAAUGAUCGAUUUUUAAGAGAAACACACGAACCAGACGCCCUUUUUCUGUUGGAAUAUCUCUAUUUGUCUCUAUAUAAAGAGACUGCAAGUCACCUCACUACAGAUCCAGGCUUAGUAAGGGAACAACAAGAACACACACACGGUCCAGUCAUCAUCAACAGCAACAACAACCCCAAGGGCGCCAGUAAGAGGGCUUUCCUUCUCGGUGAUUCCCAGGAAAUGAAUUGCUGUUUUCCUGGACACUGGUGAAAGUUAUAGUGGGCGAGAGAAAGAAAAGCAGGAUGCUGAUAGAAGACAGGAGGAGAGAAUAAGCACCAGACUUCUCUCCAGACACUUGCUUGAGAUAAAUCAGCUUGAAGCCACCAAUGAAUAUUUCUACAGAGGGCUGUUAAACUAGGGCAAGCAGCACUGCCAGCGUGUACGCACAGGAGAGAAACGUGGGGAAAUGAUUCAUUCAAAAGUAAUGGAGUGACAAGCAAGCACAACUUAAAGGUGCAGAAGAUUCUAAAGAGCCAUUUUAAACUGGAUUAAUGAACCAAAUAGUCUUGCCCAGGACCAUUAUUCACUUGUAUCUCUGACAUCAACAGAGGGGUCCAGGAAACUUCAAGAUUAUCAUGCAUAGUAGAAGUCAAGAAGAUGCAGAACCAAGAAUAAGUUGAUCCCCUGAUCCAAAAGGACUAGCAGUCUAAAUAGAAACACAAGGGAGAUAUCGGCCGCCAGCCACUGGAGAGAUGGAUGCUGCAGUUAGAUAGGCAGCUGCAUCUUUUGGGCAGGAAUGUCUGGAACCCUGCUUUAGUUGAUCAUCAAAUAUAUCCUUCUGGAUCACUCUUCACCUGAACACUUAAUAACCAUGGAUAAUGUACAAAUACCACAUCAAGUCUUGGUGGAUGUAUAAUAAACUGUUCAGUGAGAAUUCCUGCCAUGAAGAGAACUGUGUGACAAUUACUUUUUUGGAUAGUGCUACAAAAAGAGCUAAUGCCUAUAAGACUACUAUGUGGAAUGUUCCACAGAGAAAGAGAAGUCUGUGAACUUGGAACAGCUCUGGAGAAAUGGGAGAAGCCGAACUUUAAAAAGCACAGCACUGGAUACACUUCAUGUGCCUGCACAGCUUUUGAGUGAACUAGCACUUAAGACCUUGUGUAACAAAAUGGACUCUGGGGAUACAGCUGUAGGGCAAACCACUACCUCAAGGUCUGGAGAAACAGCUAAAGUACCAAGUAGAUGGAGGCAGGAGCAUGCAGCCAGUGUUAAGAUGAGCACGAUGGGCAGCCUGGAAGGGCAGACACAAAUAGACCCCGAACACAUGGGAAGCCCUGUGUCGGCACAGCUUUUUAGUUCUGGGAAAGUGGUGUCAUCCAGUGAUGCUACCCAGCAAGCCACAGAGAAACAGUACUCACAGCACCUUCCAAGUCCAUACUCCUGUCAGCAUUCACUUUCUUUCCCUCAGCAUUCGUUGCCACAAGGAUUCUUGCACAACCUAAAGCCGCAUCAGAGCCUGGAAGGCCGUAAAUGGCCUUUUACUGGCCACCUGCAGCCAGUUGCCUCUGAGGAUUUAUUUCCAUUUCACUUGCAUGGCCAUAGCGGAAAUUACUCCAGAAAGAAAAUGUCCAGUUUGAACCCUGCUUAUAGCCAGUUUUCUCAAAAAUGUAUAGAGCAGCAGUCGGAAGAUGGCCACAAGAAAGAACAUAAACCCAAAAAGCCUGGCAAAUACAUUUGUCCUUACUGUAGCAGGGCUUGUGCCAAACCCAGUGUACUUAAGAAGCAUAUUAGGUCCCACACUGGGGAACGUCCAUACCCUUGUGUCCCUUGUGGUUUCUCAUUUAAGACAAAGAGCAAUUUGUACAAGCACAGGAAAUCGCAUGCCCAUGCAAUUAAAGCAGGAUUAGUACCUUUCACGGAGUCUGCUGUAUCUAAAUUGGAUCUAGAUGCUAGCUUUAUUGAUGUGGAAGCAGAGAUUCAUUCAGAUGGAGAGCAGAGUACAGAUACUGAUGAAGAGACUUCAUUACUUGUUGAAGGAUCUGACAAACUGAGCCCAGUUCCGCAGAUUCCAUUGGACAUUGCUAGCAGAAGUGGCUUUCAUGCAUCCAUAGAAGAAUCCUUGGGAAGCCCAAUGAAAGUCCCCAUUUUGAUUAUUCCUAAAAGUGGGGUGCAGUUAGCAUGUGAAAGUUCUCAGUAUAUUGGGUCUGACAAUCUGCAGAACCCAUCAUUAAGUACUAAGACUGAUGAUUCUCACACAGUUAAGCAGCGACUUGCACUAAGACUGUCUGAGAAGAAAGGGCAGGAUUCUGAGCAGUCAUUAAAUCUCUUGAGCCCACAUAGCAAAGGAAGCACUGAUUCUGGCUAUUUUUCACGCUCAGAAAGCGCAGAACAACAAAUAAGUCCCCCCAAUACUAAUGCAAAGUCUUACGAAGAAAUAAUCUUUGGUAAAUUCUAUAGAAUUAAUCAAAGGACUGCACAGCCAUUAGCGACAGCCAAUCAGGAUCAUAACUCAGUGGGUAGAAAGGGCAAGGUGGAGCCACAAACUCUUGCAAACCCUAGAUUAGACAUCAAAAUGUUUGAAGAGCGAAUGUCCCCAAACAAAGAAGCACUACUUGAUCCUAAUAAAAUGAGCACUGUCAAAAGUAGCCAAGUCUUUAAUGACAGUAGUACAGAGUCCAAACAUUCUCAGAUUGUCAUGUCAUCUAUUAAAAAUGAAUUGAGCCUUUAUCCCGGAAGUCACCCAGGCGAUCCAUCUCUCCUUCUUGAACCUCCAGCAGAUACAAAUCCACUUACUCGAAGCAACUCUAUGCCAACUUCAUCUGCAACCAACUUGAAUGUCCCAACAGCUUUAAGAGGAAGCCAUUCAUUUGAUGAGAGGAUGACUGGUUCAGAUGAUGUGUUUUAUCCUGGGACAAUAGGGAUACCCCAUCAGCGAAUGUUAAUAAGGCAAGCAGCCUUUGAGCUGCCUUCAUUGCAGGAAGGACACUCAGAUUCAGAGUACCAUGGGAGAAUGGGGAAGAACAUCAUGGUUGCUUCCAGCAGAUCAGCUGUAGGAGAAAAAGGGCCAGGCAUGAGAGACAAGAAAUUUCCAGCAGGAGAAAGAUCUUUUUAUGAGGGGGAUUGCUCUGGAAAAUACUAUAGAAAGUAUGAAGAUUACGGGCCUCUGAAAUGCAGCUAUAGAGAGACACCAUCUUUGACUGGAUCAAAGCAUGGAGGAGAAUUUUAUACUGAAUCACCCACACAGUUGCAGGCGGUGCCAUCUACAUAUGGCAUUACAUUUGAAAACAGAAAGCGCAGAAUACAGAAGAGUGUUGGAGAUGAAGAAGACACCCCAUCAUUGUGCAGCGGUACUACUGGCAGUCCCAUGACUGGUGAUUUUGACCCCAAAUCACAAAUCCAGGAAGGACCAAGAAGUGGAUACACCUUUCAAAGCCAAGACAGUUCUGCUCAUUCUCAUCCAGAGCGCUUUGAAAUCUACAGACCCAACCUGCAGUCAGGAAGCCCAGCCACUACUUUAGAAGAAAGUUCCUUAACUACUGAUCAAGAAAAGGCUGUGGAGAGUCUGAGUAGAAAAGGAAAUGUAAUCUCUGUCAUCCAGCAUACAAAUUCAUUAAGCCGACCAAAUUCAUUUGAAAGGUCUGAAUCUACAGAGCUUAUUGCCUCCCAUCAAGAAAAAAUUUACUCAUCGUCUGAAACUUGUGAAAGUGAGAUUGCAGAUUCCCCAAUGAGCCCAGAUAGGGUUCAGCAGACAGAAAAUGCUGACAGCAAACAAUCUUCUUCAGCCCAGCAUACUCAGCCAUAUCAUAUGCAGCCCAGACUGGUUCGCCAGCAUAACAUACAGGUACCUGAGAUCCGUGUUACAGAAGAGCCAGAUAAACCUGAGCGGGAGAAAGAAGUUCCGGCAAAAGAGCAAGAGAGGCCUGCAGAAGAGUUCCAGUGGCCACAGAGAAGUGAAACUCUUUCCCAACUCCCAGCUGAAAAGCUACCACCCAAGAAGAAGCGUUUGCGCCUUGCUGACUUGGAGCAUUCUUCUGGAGAAUCUAGCUUUGAGUCCACAGGGACAAGCUUAUCCCGCAGCCCCAGUCAAGAGAGUAAUUUGUCCCAUAGUUCGAGUUUUUCAAUGUCCUUUGAAAGGGAGGAUAGCAUUAAGUUCAUCAUGUCAACCAAGCCAGAGGAUUUUGGGAAACAAUCAGAGUUUUUAACCGUUCCAGCUGGUUCUUACUCACUCUCCGUCCCUGGGCAUCACCAACAGAAAGAAAUGAGACGUUGCUCCUCAGAACAGAUGCCAUGUCCUCACCCUGCUGAAAUCCCAGAGAUACGGAGUAAAUCCUUUGAUUAUGGGAAUCUGUCUCAUGCAUCUGUAGCAGGGGCUCCUCCAACCACUCUAUCCCCAGCAAGAGAAAGGAAGAAGUGCUUUUUGGUUCGCCAGGCUUCUUUCAGUGGUUCCCCAGAGAUUUCCCAGGUUGACUCGAGCAUGGAACAAAAUAUAAAGCAAGAGCAAAUGGAACACGGACAUAUCAGUCUUCGGUCUUCCCAAGUUGCUUGGCCUCAUUCCCCCUCUUCUGUUCAUUCAGAUGACUCUGGGAAACAGUCUGCUGGUUCUUGUGCACCACGCAGCACUAGCUUGUCCCCACUUGCUCAUACCUCAAUCCCUCAAGCACCUUAUAUUCCAAGCAAAUAUUCAGCAGAACAGCAGCAUCUAUUUGCACUGCAAGAAAAAGUUCCCUUUCUCCCCAUCCACAACUCGUUGUUGCAGUUUCCAGACCCAUCUGUCUGCAUGGUUCAUUUGCCAGCCCAGCCCCUGUGGCCAUCCGAACUUUCACAGACUCACUUUCCACAUCAUUUUGUACAGCAGCUUCACAAAUCGUACACCAAGCAACCUUUCCCAACAGAGAGUCACCCGGGUUACCAUCUGGAAUAUGCUCAAGAGCAUAUCCAAAAGAAAACUGCUGAUUAUGUACAUACUAAAGAGCAAGCCUAUCAGCGUUACUCAGGAACAUCUGGGCAGUAUUCUAAAAAUGCACUUGCAACAUACCAGCCAGAUUGUAGCAUCCAAUCAACAGAUACCUCUUCUGAGCAGCAGCUACAGGUGGAUUUUGAAACCCAGAAUGUUGGACCUGUUCAGUCAUUACCAGGUACAGUUGUUCCUGUCAGGAUCCAGACCCACGUGCCAUCCUAUGGUAGUGUCAUGUACACAAGCAUUUCCCAGAUUCUUGCUCAGAGUAGCAGCCCUGCUAUUGUCAUUUGCAAAGUAAAUGAGACUCUUUCUCAAAGAACAUUGGCAACAAGUGCAACCAUGCAUGGAAUAGGAUUUAACAUAGCACAGAUGUUAGAUCAACAUGGAGGAUUGGAAAAAUAUCCCUUGUGGAAAGCACCUCAGACCCUGUCACUUAACCUAGACUCUUCCAUCCCGUUAUGCUUGACUUCCAGUUCAGAUACGGCAUCUACACUAGGUGGGAACAAGCGAAUGCUUUCACCAGCAAGUAGCUUGGAACUCUUUAUGGAGACCAAACAGCAAAAGAGAGUCAAGGAUGAAAAAAUGUAUGGACAGAUAGUUGAGGAGCUAAGUGCUGUAGAACUCACCAAUUCAGACAUAAAGAAAAGUUUUUCCAGACCACAGAAGCCUCAGCUGGUUAGGCAGAGCUGUACUACUGAGCCAAAAGAAAGUGUGCCGUCCACCUUGUCCUCGUCUCCAUUGUCCUCUUCAUCAUCUCAAGAUUUGCCAGCUACCAAUAUGCCUCCCACUGAGCCUUCCUCAUUGAGCAGGGAAAAGCUUCCCAGUUUUGAUUCUGCUUCACCAGGACAGAAGUCCAGUGGCACUUCUGAAGACCGAGAGUCGCCAGAAGAAUUGGAUGUAGAUGAAACUGCAUCAGAUAUGAGUCUGAGCCCACAAAGGUCUUUGCUGCCCCCAGGGGAAUGUCAGUUAGAAGACCAGCCCAAGCAACAGAAAUUGCCACUUGGUAUGUUAGUACAAAUGGCAUCCCAACCAAGUGGGAAAGCAGUGACCUCAACUAUUCUCCUGACGGAUCUUGCUGACUUCCAGCACAUUCUACAGUUUCCUAGCUUGCGUACCACCACAACUGUGAGCUGGUGUUUCUUAAACUAUACAAAGCCGAAUUUUAUUCAGCAAGCAACCCUGAAAUCCUCUGUUUAUGCUUCAUGGUGCAUUAGUUCAUGCAACCCAAAUCCAUCAGGAUUGAGUACAAAGAUUACCCUUGCACUUCUACGGUCCAAGCAGAAAAACAGCACAGAAAUCUACACACUGGCUCCCAUGAAUAGACCUGGAACUGGGAAACUGACAUCAUCAAGUGCAUGGAAACAGUUUACUCAGAUGAAACAGGAGCCAUUCUUUGUAUAUGGCAGCAAGUUUGAAAAGAGAGUAGUGGGAAAUGUUCUCAAAGAAAGAAUUAAAGGAGACAGCCAUGGCGAUAAAGAUAUUGUUUCCAAACAAGCUGAGCCAAUGAGAAUUAAAAUCUUUGAAGGAGGGUAUAAAUCCAAUGAGGAUUAUGUAUAUGUCAGAGGACGGGGACGGGGAAAGUACAUUUGUGAAGAAUGUGGGAUUCGGUGCAAAAAGCCAAGCAUGCUCAAGAAACAUAUCCGCACCCAUACCGAUGUACGGCCUUAUAUAUGCAAGCUGUGUAAUUUUGCCUUCAAAACAAAAGGAAAUCUGACAAAACAUAUGAAAUCUAAAGCACACAUGAAAAAAUGCCUGGAGUUGGGGGUAUCAAUGACAUCUGUGGAUGAUGCUGAAACAGAAGAAGCAGAAAAUAUGGAAGACACACAGCACGAAGCUGAAAAGAGUAACAUGACUGGCACAUCAACUGAUCAUCAGUUCUCUGAUGCUGAAGAAUCAGAUGGAGAGGAUGGAGAGGAUAAUGACGACGACGAUGAAGAUGAUGAUGAUUUUGAUGACACUCUUGGAGACUCAACACCAAAAACAAGAUCACGAAGCACUAGCCCCCAACCGCCCAGAUUCUCCUCACUGUCUGUCAAUGCUGCUACGGCAUCCUAUGGGGGUUCUCCUGACAGUUCAGUGGGACAUUCCUCAUUGAUAAGUUAUUUGGUCACUUUACCUAGCAUUCAGGUUACUCAGCUCCUAACACCAAGUGACUCUUGUGAUGAUUCGCAGAUGACAGAAUAUCAAAGGUUUUUUCAGAACAAAAGUACAGAUUCAGAGCCUGAUAAAGACAGACUUGAUAUUCCUAGCUGCAUGGAUGAAGACUACAUGGUUUCUUUGGAGUCCAACUCAUCUCCUAGGGACUUUUCAUCCUCCAGCCGACAGUCAUCACCAGGGUAUGAUUCUUCACCAUACAGAGAUAAUUCACCAAAGAGGUAUUUGAUGCCCAAAGGGGAUUUGUCACCUAGAAGGCAUUUAUCACCAAGGAGAGAGAUUUCACCCAUCAGUCACAUUUCACCGAGGAAAGAAGCUGUACUCAGGAGGGAGUUAUCGCCCCGGAGAGAUGCAUCUCCAAGACGUCAUUUGUCACCAAGAAGACCAUUGUCACCUGGAAAAGACACAUCUUCUCUCAGAGACCUGUCUCCACGAAGGGAACGAAGGUAUAUGGCCUCUAUUAGAGCAGCAUCACCCCGAAGAGGCUUGUACCAUAACCCAAUAUUGCCCAUGGGCCAGUAUUUGCAGUCAGACUCAGUUCCAUUGGGACAGUCGAGCUCAAGACCAGGAUUAUUCCAGGGUCUUUAUUUCAACGUGUCUGGAGAGAAGGGAGUUCUGGAGCAUCAUGGGUCUAACCUGUUUCCUGAGGGUCCUACUGACUAUGUCUUCAGUCACCUUCCACUACACUCCCAACAGCAGCUUCGUGCACCCAUCCCCAUGAUGCCUAUUGGGGGCAUUCAAAUGGUCCAUUCAAUACCUGCAGCCCUAUCAGGUUUGCAUCCUCCGUCUGUCUUGCCCCUCCCCAAAGAGGGCUCUGGUGAGAAGAAAAGGGCAGCUUCAGAGACCAUUACUAAAGAAUCAUGUAUCAUUUCUAAACACCAUGAGAAACGUACCUGUCCCCACACUUUGCAUACAGUGGUUCAAGCCAGUGCAUUGUCCUCUCCACUGCUGAUGAUGAAAAAGAGCACUUCAGAAGAAGGCGUCGUUGAGAGGGAGCAGGAGGAGAACAUACAGACUUGUACAAAAGCCAUAGCCUCUCUCCGAAUUGCCACAGAGGAAGUACUACAUGGGACAGAGCAGUUGCAAAGGGAUUCUGAGCCUCCUCAGAAACCCCCAGAAAGUGCACAUUUUAGCAUUAAACACUUUAGUGGCUCUGAGCCAGGCCAGAUCUGUGCCUCAGCCACCAACCCUGACUUGCACAGUGGCGAAAAGGACCUUUUUGGUACAUCACAGACUGCAUUAUCUCAUUCCACCUUUUACAGCAAAAGCAGUGUGGAUGUCAGACAGUUAGGCUACCUUAGUAGGAAAGAUUCCCCAUCAAGCACACAGGAAGGAAAAGAUCCACUCUCUGAAAAAAGCAAACCACAGUGAUCUGAAGUGUUUGGAGACUUUAACACAGGUGUUUACCCCCCACCCACCCCCUUUUUUUCCUCUCCUAGUGAUAGAAGGAAGUAUUCAACUUUAUAGCAUGCUGGUUCUAAGUUACAGUAGUUUGCUAUUAUAUAUAUACUUUUGUUAUAUCAAAAGAAUUGAGUUAAAACUACAAGUCAUCAUGAGCCUGACCAAAAUGACAUUUCAAAAUUCUUAUUGGGUCUGGUACUUUUAACCUGUACAGAUGUUUGUGCCUUUUCUUUACUUUUGCUUAUAUUCUUAUAAGCGUUUUUUUAGCGGUAAUUUGUACAUAUUUUAGAAUUUGUGUAUCUGCUUUGUAAUAAAUGUAAUUUCUUUCCUUUUUUGGACACUUUGAUCUAAAUGAUGUAAAGCAAAAAACAAAAAAAAGCAUCAAUAUAUAUGUGAGGUUGCACUAAAAUAUUUUUAUAUGAUUAAAACUGAACAGCUUUUAUGUACAGCUCUGAUUCUGUAAUACUAAUAUUUAUUUACUUUGUUUCAUAAAUUGUACAUUUUUUCUUAAUGUUGUGGAUUGCUUUUCUAUGUGAAGCAUGGGAUUUACUGUUGCAUUAUUAGAACAAAAAUGUAUAUUGUAAACAAGAUAUUUAAACUAGAGUAUCUUAUCUUAUUCUGCACUUAUGCAUUAGUUUAAAAAAAAUAAGAUAAAAGGAUGUAUCAGUCCGUUCUUAACUCUUGUAAUUUUUUGUCUCUUGUUUGCUGGAUCAACUAUAACUUAAAGUGCUGAUUGUGAUUUUAAAAUGAUAGUACCGUAAAGCAUUAAAGUAAAACCAUGUGCUAUUGUGAGUUUUUUCAAAGCUUUAUAAAACAGUUAUAAAUAUAUUAAAAGUAUUUGGUCUUAUGUGAACAUGUUGCUCUAUAUGCUCCUUAAAAAAAAAAAACUAUAUGGGAAAACAUUCCACCCCAUGUAAAUAUAUGCAAAUUAAAACUGGUGAAAUUUCAUGUAGAUUGGACACUUAGAGGCCUCACCCUGUUUCAAGUGAAGUCAGUGGAGAUUGUGAAUUUGACAUGAGCAGAAGCAGGAUCAGGCAGUGUGUCACCACAUAUCUAUAUCAAAGUGUCUUUCAAAGAGAAGGGAUGGGACUCUGGCUCCCUUGGCCCUGAUUACAAAGGAACUGGGCUUUCACCACAGGUGAGAAAGCACAUUUGACUGUAUAGAUCUGUUAUCGGCUGGCCCGGUGGCUUGGCAGUCAGUGCUGGGUGCUGCAUGCAGGAGACGGAGCCAUGGGAAUGUCUUGCGGGGAGGGACUCCAUACUCAUUGAUGGCAAGGAGCUUAGUCAUUUUGCCAAGUUAUCUUAUUUGCAGGGGCUUUACGGUGGGUAUAUGGGAGUAUAAGAUGGAUACUUCCUCGCAACUAUCUCUGGAACCCAAGGCAACAUAUUUUGGGGCAGCUUCCUUACUGGAAGAAACAUUGUACUGACAUCUCUAUCUAAGGGCAAAUAUCAGUUGGAAAAAUAGUUGUAUCCUUCAAGAUUAAGGGCAUUUAUAGCAUUGUCUUGGGAGAAGACUGGGAAGAGCCAUUACUUAUAUGUUUGAAGGUAUGAUGGAAUACCACAAAAAUAUACACACCUACACCGAAGUCAACAAAAUCUGGGUUAUCUUCUGUGCUAUUUAGUGGAUUAUAAUUAUGUGAAAACACGUUUGUAUAUUGACUUGCAAUACAUUUAAGGAGUGUUCUUUUAAAAAAGAAAUAAAUAUACAGUUACAUUACA